GCUCUGGAACGUGGCAAGAUGGAAGAUUCCAGUUAGCGCGAUAUUAUGUCUGUCUUUCAACUUAUCGCGAGAUUCCGCCUGCUGUGUUUACGCCUUACAGAUUAAAAUAGUGAAGGGUUAUAUAAUUUAUUAAAGUUUAUUUUCAGAUGUGUGGAGAGAUGUGUUUAUCCGUCCACAGGAAGAUCUUACAUCUAUUAAAAUAAAAUCUGCAACAAAUCGAGAGAGAAAAAAGCGUGUAUUAUAAUAAUAUAAUAAUAUUUCUAUGAUAUUACGUUCACCAACGUGUGUGUCUAUAUAUAUAUAUAUAUAUCAUCCUGAGACCCAGCCUAUUCAUUUAUGUCAUCUGUGAUGGACAUUAGUUUUUGAUCUAUAUCUUUUGACUCAUUUGAGCUACCCUACUAAGGCCUGAUGUGCUCAAUAGAGGACAUCCUGGCCUUUCCAAUGCUAUCUCAUAUGUUUGGGUGGGAUGAGGGGAAGUUUGUUUUCAUGCGGAGACAAAAUGGAGACUGCAGAAAAACGUGCCUGUCAGGAAAAAUUAAAAGAAGGCAGAACCAAGGCAGAGAGAAUUUUGUAUCGAAUGGUUGAGGGAGAUUCAGAUCUGGAACUGUCAGAUGAGGAAAAUGCUGAGGAUGAGGUUGCUCCUGCUGAAGAAGAGAGAGAAAGCUCAGAAGAUGAGUCAGGAGGCUCAUCAGAUGAGCUGACAGACACAGAUGACAGGAAAACCGUCGUCCUCUGUGGGCCAAGACCAGCAUAUUUAAACCUGUGCUGCCCAGGCCUCCUGACUGUCAAGAGGACCCCACCAUUCGUAGAAACUGGAGUCCUAUUCAGUACUUUUCACAGUACAUUGACAACAAAGUCUUUGAAGACUUGGCAGCAUUUACAAAUCAGAGAGAGCUACAGACAAAGGGUAUCUCCUUCAACACCACCGCUGAAGAAAUGAGGAUCUUCUUUGGCAUUUCAAUCCACAUGGCCUGCCUUGGCUUUCCCAGAAUCAAAAUGUUUUGGGCCAGCAAAACCAAAGUGCCAAUAAUAAGCCAGAAAAUGACAAGGAAUAGGUUCUUCAAGUUAAGAAACUCACUGAAAAUUGUCAAUGACCUGGAUGUAACAGAGGAAACAAAGAAGAAAGACAUUCUUUGGAGAGUCAGGCCACUUCUGGACAGAGUAAGGCGAGGCUUACUUCACAUCAGUUAACCUCAUGGAUAAAUUUCUGGCCAAGAGCCUUCCAGCAACUGGAACCAUAACAAAAAACCGUCUCCCAAAGACGUGCCGGUUGCCUGAUGACAAACAACUGAAAAGAGAAGGGAGGGGAGCGUCAGUGAUGGUAGUCAGGAGAAGUCCUGAGUUGGCCAUCACAAAAUGGUAUGACAACAAGCCUGUGCUGAUGGCUUCUACUGCACAUGGAAAAGAUCCUGAAGAUGUCUGCACCAGAUGGUCGAAUAAAGACAAAGUCCAGGUCCAAGUGAGAAGACCCUCAGUCAUUAGAGAGUACAAUGUCAACAUGGGUGGUGUGGACCUCUGUGACCGCAUGCUGAGCUUCUAUCACAUGGCAAGCAGAACCAAGAAAUGGACUAUGCGUGUGAUUGCUCAUUUCUUUGAUGUUGCCAUCACAAAUUCCUGGAUCCAGUACAAGUCUGACAGCAUAGCGCUUAAACGAUCAGCAAAAAACACUGAACAGUUCUUGGACUUCAAACUGCAUUUGGCAAAUGAGCUGAUGAACUACCUAGAACCUGAGGACACUGACAAAAGAGUAGACGACAGUGAGGAGAGCGAAGAAGAGUACGAGCCACCCUUUAAAAAGAGGAUUCCACAACCAGAAGCAUCGUUAAGAAAAUGUGGGGCCAGACACAUGCCAGAGAUGGUAGACUGCAACCAUGCAGAGAGGUGCCGAAACCAAGGUUGCAUGGGCAAAACAUAUAUGAGAUGCAUCAGUUGCAAGAUGUUCCUCUGCAUAACAAAGAAGAGAAACUGUUUCCUGGAGUACCAUCGCUAAGAAUUAAAGAAGAACAAGGAAGAGUAGGAGGAAAACAAUGAAGAGGAGGAGGAGCUAACAGAUUCAAACUUGAGCUACCCAGGCCCUCCUGACUGUUGAGAGUUUAAUUUAUGUUCAGUUUAAUUUAAAAAGUUUUAUUACAAAAUGGAUUGGCUUUCUUCUUUUCUUUCAGCCCAUUUUGAUUCUGAAGUGUCGCUGUUAUUGUCGCUGUUAUUUUAUACAGUAAAAUCGUUCUGUUGU